AUGAAACGAGAAUUGCGCAAACAAUUCUUGCAAGAGACAUAUGAAGAAGAUUCUUACUUGAAGUUUCAUUCUUUUAGACAAGGAGCUUUAUCCGUGGACGAGUACACAAGAGAAUUUGAAUAUCUUAGGCUCAAGAGCGACAUUAAAGAAAAACCAGCCCGCCUAAUUGCUCGAUAUUUGGCUGGAUUAAAUAAGCCUAUUGCGAAUGUGAUACGAUUACAGCCCCAUUGGACCUUUGGAGAUGUUGUCAAACUAGCCAAGGUCGUAGAGACACAACAGAAGGAAGCCAAAGCCACGUUUUCAUCAACUACCAUAAAAAGGCCUAACAUUUUCAACCAUGGGAGUGCUAGUUUGAGCUCUACAAAGCCACAAUCGUCUACAACGAAACCAUGUGUCCAGAAAGUUGAAGGGAAGCCAAUGACUUCAGAAGCAAUUUUUAAAAAAAGAUGCCAUAAAUGUGGAGGACUUGGGCAUAUACUAGCUGAUUGUCCUAACAAAAAGGCAUUCUCCAUCCUUGAAGGAGCAACUGAUGAAGAAGGUUAUAAUGAAGAGCAACAUGAUGAAAACUUGGAAGAAGUAGCUGAAUAUGGAGAUGAUGGAGAAUACCUUAUGAUCCAACGCGUUCUUCAUUCAGAUUCUAGCAAGGAAGAACCAUGGUUGCGACACAAUAUUUUUCAUACACGUUGUACAUCUAAGGGAAAGUUUCUGAAGAAAUGGUUAACAAAUUGGGGUUUGAGACAGCCAUUGCAGAAGCCAUACCGCAUGAGGUGGUUGGAUGAAGGAAGGAAUGCACAAGUUAAUAAACGAUGCCUUAUUCCUUUCUCUAUUGGCAAGAAUUAUCAAGAUAAGGUCUGGUGUGAUGUAAUGCCUAUGGAUGCUUGCCACUUACUGCUUGGGAGACCAUGGGAAUAUGGCAGAAGGGCAAUUCAUGAUGGCUUCAAGAACACUUACUCUUUCGUCAAGGAUGGAAAGAAGAUCAAAUUGCUCCCAAUGAACCCUGAAGAUUUAAAGUCAAAUCCUAAAAUGAAGGAGACAUACAUUACAAGAGCUAAGGUAGAAGAACACUUGAAGGAAGGAGAGGAAGUGCUUAUUGUAGUACCUAAGGAGGUGGAAUCUAUCACCAAGAAAGAGUCAUUAGAAGUCAAUGACCCACGACUUCAAGCAAUAUUGGAUGAGUUUUAUGAUAUUGUUUCUGAUACUACACCUUCUUCCUUACCACCAAUGAGGUCAAUAAAACAUCAAAUUGAUUUAAUUCCAGGUGCACCACUUCCUAAUAAAUCAGCAUAUCGAAUGAAUCCAACACAGCAAGAGGCACUUCAACGACAAGUCGAGGAACUACUAGAUUGUGGACUAAUAAGGGAAAGUUUAAGUCCUUGUGCUGUACCUGCCUUGCUUGUUCCUAAGAAAGAUGGAUCUUGGCGCAU